CUCUCUCUCUCUCUCUCUCUCCGUCCCUUUCCACUUCAAUAUUCUCUCUCUCUCUCCCCCGCCCCUCCAUGUCGGUGUUUCCGUUGGUUCCGAUGACCUAACCUUCCCUCUCUCUCUCCCUCUCGUCAUCUUCUUCCCCCUCCACCCGCAUUGAUUCCCAAACCCAGAGAGCAGAGAGCUUAAAGGGUUUGCUCAAUCUUCACCUCUUAAGCAGCAGCGAGAUUGAACUGCAAGCUCUCAAACCCUCUCUCUCUCUCUAGAAAUGAAGAGGUCCAAGCUCGAGAAAUCCGACGCCAAAUUGGACAUGUUCUGGUCACUCACCGGGCACCGUUCCCUCCAAAUCUUGAUCUGCGUCGCCUUCCUCUACCUUCUUCUCGUCACUGUCGAAAUCCCCUACGUCUUCAUCUCCGGCAUUGGCUCCCUCCCCCAGGACCCCACCGCUCUCACCCGCACCUCCCAGACCCCCCACCUCCAGACCGGCAGGGACUUGCAGGAGAAGCACGCCCCCACCCGCCCCCAGAUCACCGUCUCAGUCAACUCCGACGAGCUGGCCCCCACUGGCCUCACCGACAACAAACCCCGCAGGAUCGUCUCUGGCCUCAACUUCGACCGCGCUCUCAGACCCCGUGGAGCCGUCCCCGGUGGCUCCUCCGAGCUCCACAAGUCCGCAGCGGUCGCUUGGCAAGUGGGCCGCAAGCUCUGGCAGGAUUUGCAGUCGGGAAAGGUGAAGGAGGCCCACCUGGAGAAGCCACGGAAUGCAUCGGAGUCGUGCCCGCACUCGAUUUCCCUCUCAGGGUCUGAUUUCUUGGUCCACGGGCGGGUCAUGGUGCUGCCCUGCGGGCUGACGCUCGGUUCCCACGUGACGGUGAUCGGGAAGCCGAGGGUGGCCCAUGCAGAGGAUGACCCGAAGAUAUCAUUGCUGAAGGAAGGCGACGAGUCAGUGAUGGUGUCCCAGUUCCACAUGGAGCUGCAGGGCCUGAGGACGGUGGAGGGGGAGGACCCACCUCGGAUUCUGCACUUCAACCCGAGGCUGAAGGGGGAUUGGAGUGGGAAGCCGGUGAUCGAGCAGAACACUUGUUACCGGAUGCAGUGGGGGACUGCCCAGAGGUGUGAAGGGUGGAAGUCUAAGGCCGAUGAGGAGACUGUUGACGGGCAGUUGAAGUGCGAGAAGUGGAUCCGAGACGAUGACGAUCACUCGGAGGAGUCCAAGGCGACUUGGUGGCUGAACCGUCUCAUCGGCCGAACAAAGAAGGUUACAGUUGACUGGUCAUAUCCAUUCUCUGAAAGCAAACUCUUCGUGCUUACUCUUAGCGCGGGAUUGGAAGGUUAUCAUGUUAAUAUCGACGGGAGGCAUGUCACUUCUUUCCCUUACCGAACUGGAUUCGCUCUAGAAGAUGCCACUGGGCUGACUUUGAAUGGGGACGUUGAUGUUCAAUCCUUAUUUGCUGCUUCUUUGCCUACCUUGCACCCCAAUUAUGCUCCGCAGAGGCAUCUUGAUCUGUCGACUAGAUGGCAAGCUCCACCUCUUCCUGACCAACCUAUAGAGAUGUUUAUAGGUAUACUUUCUGCGGGUAAUCAUUUUGCGGAACGGAUGGCGGUGAGGAAGUCCUGGAUGCAGCACAAACUUAUAAGAUCUUCGAAUGUUGUGGCUCGGUUUUUUGUAGCACUGCAUGCUAGGAAAGAAGUGAAUGUGGAACUGAAGAAAGAGGCAGAGUUCUUCGGGGACAUUGUGAUAGUGCCAUACAUGGACAACUACGAUCUUGUUGUCCUAAAAACUGUUGCAAUCUGCGAAUAUGGGGUUCGCACAACGUUGGCAAAGUAUAUAAUGAAAUGUGAUGAUGAUACAUUUGUGAGGGUUGAUGCGGUCUUGGAUGAAGCGAAGAAAGUACCUGUAGGCAGCAGCUUGUAUAUUGGAAACAUCAACUACUACCAUAAGCCCUUGCGGUAUGGUAAAUGGGCAGUCACUUAUGAGGAAUGGCCUGAAGAAGAAUAUCCACCCUAUGCUAAUGGACCGGGAUACAUACUCUCCUCAGACAUUGCACGGUUCAUCGUGUCUGAGUUUGAGAGACUUAAAUUACGGCUGUUCAAGAUGGAGGAUGUGAGUGUGGGGAUGUGGGUGGAGAAAUUCAACAGCUCGAAGCCUGUGGAGUAUAUACACAGCUACAAGUACUGCCAGUUCGGGUGCAUAAAAGACUAUUACACGGCACACUACCAGUCUCCGAGACAGAUGAUCUGCAUGUGGGAUAAGCUUCAAGAUACAGGGAAGCCUGUAUGCUGCAACAUGAGAUAGUGACGACGACGAUGGCAGAGAAAGACGUGUUUCUGAUGGCACAUCAGGAUAUAUAAAGUUAGGGAGAACCAGAAACAAGUUUUGCAGUCAUAGCCAAUGAUGUUCUUUUGUACAUAGUUUUGAACCAGUGAGUUUGGCUGUAUGUAUCAGUCCUAGGCCUUCGUUAAAUGACCUGCUGAUAUUCCAUUCAUUAUUUCUCCUCUUUAGUCCCCACUUUUCUAGCUUUUCUUUGUCAUUUCCACUAGUUUCGGGGGGUCGGGUUCGGGUUCGGGUGCAGGAAUAUUGGAUCAGCAGAUGAGGUUGACAGUCAGAGGAAUCUUUACUGCUGUAAUUUACAUUUUGGGAACCACAGCUGAAGAUGGGUUAUGAAUUCUCAUGGGAAAGAUUUUUUGUUUUCUUCCCCACUCCGAGAUGUUCACCUUA